UGUGCAUGGAAGCACAUGUUGACAACGUGCAUGGAAUCAAACAACAAAAUAACAAGAACGAAAAAAAAGACAAAGAGACACAAGCAAGCAAGAAACGACCAUGCUGCAGACGAUUGGGCGGGUGAAGAAGACCAAGUGGCUGGCACCCGUGACAUCGUUUGCGGUGGGCUCCGUCUUGCUACCCGAGAGGUGGAUUGCCGCUGCCGAGACCGCCAUAGCAAAUAGUGGCGCGUCGCAAGCACAGGUGUUUGAGGAUGCGUCCAAGUUUCACGCCUUUUGGGCGAACCGUGACAUGCCAGACAUAGAGCUACCAGAAGCAUCGUCUGUGCGAGAUCGAGCAUAUGUGUCGGAGGAUGGAGUCAAGUAUAAGAAUCAUCUGCGUUAUGGAGAGCGGGAAGCACUUGCGUUUUUGGUAUCGCAGGCACCACACACGUUUGCUAGCACCCACCGCGUUCUCAACGAAUUGAGAAUUCGGGAUCCAGCGUUUCAGCCGUCAUCUGUGCUGGACUUUGGCGCUGGAACAGGCACAUCAACAUGGGCACUGCAUGACACAUGGAAGUCGAGCGUUGACUCCAUCACAUGCGUGGAUACGUCCUUGGCCAUGCUGAACCUCUCCCAACACAUGCUGGAGGGUAUUGAUUACGAUCGCCACAGUCGAUUCCAACAGUUUCUCUCCCCCAAGGGUGAGCACGACCUUGUGCUUGCCAGCCAUACACUGAGCGAGCUGCCAUCUGGUGACGCCCGCCGAGCAGCCCUCACAUCCCUCUGGAACAAGACAACCUCAUACCUCGUGCUGGUGGAGAAUGGGAGUGCGUGGGGGCACAUGUGCAUGCUUGAAGCUCGCCAGCACAUUGCCGCGCUUGCGCUGCACGACAACCAAGCGCACCUGGAGGCAAUACACAGCAGUGACGAUGAGGACACUGCGGGCCCUUCCGCUCAUGAUGGCCCUGGCUCUGACGCUGCAGCAACGGCGGCCGCGACACGAGAAGAAGAAGAAGAAGAAGAAGGCCAUCAGCGCCACCACGAUGGCGAUGGUGAUGGCCAAGAGCAGGGGGUGGCGUUUGCUUCCACUGCUGCUGCGGCAAGUACUGCACCGUACACAAUGCAGCUGGUGGCCCCGUGCCCGCACAUGUACCAGUGUCCCAUGACGCAGACGUCCCACCCGUGCCACUUCCCCGUCUCCGUCGUCUGGCCUCCUUCCCUGAUGUUCCACCGCAGCCUGCGUCGCCGGCAAGUGCGCAGAAGCAAGUUUUCGUACUUAAUCUUGAAGAAGACAACAUACUCCGCGGACCAGUGGCAGCAGUACCGGACCCAUAUCAAAACCUGUGGUGAAACCUUUGCCGCAGAGCAAGACAAAGAGCAGCGCGAACGCAAACGCCAGCGUCAGCAAGCGUCAGCAGCAGCAGCAGGAGAAGAGGAAGCUUCAGCAGACAACCACCCACAACCACAAGGACAACACCACCACCACCACCGCGGUGCAGACAACACGCUGGCUGCGAUGGCCGCAUAUGCCGGCACGGUGGCGUCGGGCGCGCUCGGGGCCGCACACACCAUCGACAGCCGCACACCAGCAGCAGUGGCAGCAGCAGAAGCAAAGGAAAAGGAUGAUGAUGAGGAGGAGGAAGACGAGGAAGAUGAUGAUGAGGAGGAGAAAGAAGAAGAUGAGCAAAAGGAAGAGGAAGAAGAGGAGCAAGACGCCGCCAGCGACAGCACAUCGUCGACAACACACAAUCGCCAAGUUGACGCCGAAGGCGAUUGCCCAACGCCAACAGCAGUCGAUCAACAGCUUCAUCGUGUCGUGGCCAGUGUGUCCCGCAAGAAAGGAUUGGUCACUGCCAGGACCUGCUCCUUCAGCGGGAAAAUUCGCGAUGUCACCUUCAGUAAGCGGCGGGUCAACGACGACUUGAAGUGGCGGGCCGCAAAGAAGAUGGCAUGGGGCGAUCUUGUUGCGGCGAAUAGAUAGUUUGCAAUGUGGCUUUUCAUUUUUCCCAUGUCUGGUCAACCUACAUAGGAUGCGUUGACCAACCCACAAAGCUUCGCCUCUCGCGUGUUGUGUGUCGCUCCGUCGCAGCAGCAGCGUGCUCUCUUUGUUGGUGUUUUGGCGCAGUCAGGGCCACAUAGUGGUCAUGCUUGCUGCAGCGUGCUUGCUUCAACAGCAGUAAACCCACCCACAAAACAA